CUCAGCGCAGAGCGGAGCUGGCCGUCACAGUUGUGCCCUGGAUUGUAGGAGAGGGAGAGAGAAAAGAGAAAGCAGCCCUCCUGCAGCCUGUUAGCCCACCACCAUGGAUGUCAAACUGCUGGCACUGAUGGCUCUGCUGGCCGUGGCCACACAUGUACCAACCUCCAGUGCAAAGCCCAUCAGUCUGGUCGAGCGGUGUUGGUGUCGUUCCACCCUCAACACGGUUCCUCAGCGCGCCAUCAAAGAGCUCAAGUUCCUCCACACACCCAACUGCCCCUUCCAAGUCAUUGCCAAGCUGAAGAACAACAGGGAAGUUUGCAUCAACCCAGAGACCAAGUGGCUGCAGCAGUACUUAAAGAACGCCAUUAACAAGGUGAAGAAAUCCAGAAGACGCAAUAACAAGAAAAACUAAACACGAGGGAAGAUGUGUGUCGCCAGGCCUGUGUCGAACCUGUAUACCUCCCUGUCACUGCUAUGGAUGCAUGAAAACACGCUGUAUGUACCUGUCCACCUCUCUGGACCGCUUGCAGAACCAGCACUUCACCGCCAAACCAUGUCGUCCCCAGCACCACCAACGAUCCCUCUGGACACCCACACAGUCACCUCCAUCCCCCCUAAGUUAGAACCAAAUGCAAUAACACUCCUGGAAUGAUGGGAUACGAUUGAUAUCAGAUAUAUGUGUGUGUGUGAGCACUGGAUGUUUGGCAUGAAAGAGAGGAAACGUGUGUGUGUGUGUGUGUGUGUGUGUGUGUGUUUGUUUGUUUGAAUGUGCUUCACAUAAACUAACUCUGAUUGUGUGUCUGUAUAUAGUAUUUUGCAACUUCACACAGCUCUAAAGGAACAAACUGAGUUUUCUGUCUUACACACAAGGUUUUGAGGGUAAUGCUACCUUCAUGGUCCUGUCUAAAUAGCCCAGAUUUGGUUUGGUGUAUCACUCAGGAAUUCACCCAAGUGAAAAGGAUCAGUUAUAUUUAGAGCAGUAAAAUUACCCCAACUUCAAAUGGUUUUUGAAAAGAGAGACUUCUAUUUUGGUUUUAUUGUUGAUUUCAUAUUCAUUAAAAAAUACAUAUAUAUUCAGGAUGGGAGAAAAAUAGUCUUUCCACUAGGAGGUGAAUGUGGCAUUACUCUGAGACUGAGAGGUUGUAGGACACAUAUACAGGCUGGCCAGUGAGGUUAACCCUCCACAAGCGGUGACCAAUCAGGGUAGGACAUGCUACCACAGGUCUUGCAUUGUCUUUGAGCUUAUGGCAGGAACAAAACAGAGACGAAGCUCACACAAACUGUUUAAGAAACAAGCACUGAUUUCAUGGUGCUAUAUACUCAGUAUAAGGGGUCAGAGUCUUUGACAUAAUUGUAAUUCACUGUUUAUUUUAUGCAAGAUUUAAGAUGGGAUGAUGUGACUUCUAUGUCUUAUAUGAAACACAGUUAUGUUUUUACAAGUCACAAAAUACUUAGAGCGCUGUUGUUGGAGUCUGAGGGGAAAGUGAAAUGGAAAGUUGAAGCUAUGUGAAGGCCAUACUGUACUGAGAAAGGCAAUAAGGAAGUGGAAUAAAACACUUAUCAAUGCAGUUUUUUUUUUUAUUGAUUGAACAUAUCAGUAAACAAAGACCAAAUAUUUAUUCACUUAAACAUGCAGCAUGAAGAAAUCUGUGAAACUCAAAAAGCAUGACUUUCUAUUUCAUUUAUUUUUAGAAAAAGGUAGAAGAACAUUAUAAUUCUGAGCAGUUUUUUUUUUUUUUACACCUUAUCAAGGGGACUGGGUAAAUGUAUGUCAUGACAAUGGAGCAUUUUAAUGACAGUAUUUUCAUACCAACACCUGUCCUUGGUAGGAAUGAAAAGCUAAUAAACUGUCACAUGAAAUAUAAAGCUGAGUGAUAAAUGUCACAAAGGGAAUGUUCACGGUGGCAAAAUGCAAGUUUUUGAUCUUUUUUAUACAGUAUAUAUUUGAGCCACUUUAUUAUCAGAUGUGUCUUUUAUAUGUAAUGGUUUUAUUUUUAUAUUGUGUAUAAUUUUACUAAAUGUUUUUUUUUUAAUGCAAUGUACAGUAGGCAGUAGCUACUAAAUGAAGGUUAUUCCAUAAAAUGCAAGAGUAUUAAGCUUCAUUUUUAAGGUUUCAUGCAAUAUUUCACAUUAUGUGUAAUGGCUUGUUGGUGAGUAUGUAAUACACAGUAUGCAACACAUUCCUUAUCCAAAGGAAUAAAACACUAUCUGUUCACAUUUUUUUUGCGAAUAUCAGCCAAACAGGAUAAAUAUUGUCCUUCUGGUUUGUUGUUCUCUCCACAUUGUUUCUGAGAGGUAAAAUGGGUGACCUGAAUGAAAUCUGUUACAUCCAACACACAGUGACUGAAAACAAAAGAUGCUGUCAUUGUGUUACAUGGGUCAGGAAAAUAUUCAGCUCCGCCCCACCAGUCGCCCCCGUCGAACACUUGAUUUGAUUUUUCAUAGUGUUACUGAGGUGGAUGUAUGAUGUGUCAAUAGAGCCACUGAGCCAAAACAGAACAAAACCUUUUGAGUUGAGAGCCAAGUAACCAACAUGUGCUUUCAAUCUGGACACUCCCAGCACCCCACAGUCUUUCGUUCAAUUUCACUCAACUGUUGCCAUGACACAAAAUUAGAGCCUGUGUUUUUUUCCCCCCCUGAAAUUGUAAUGGACGUUGUGGUGGUUGUAGUAAUUGUUAUGGUCUUUGUUUUGUUUUGUUUUCUGUGGUCUAUUUACUGACUGACUGGUUACAGGUGAUACUCUUAUCAAUUUGCAGCUAAUAGUGCAAUAAUCCUAUAAGUGUAAUUUAUUUCCCAUUAAUGUAAUAGAAGUUAAUGGACAUUAAUUUUAUAUUAUUACACUAACUUGUUUAAACACAUUGCUAUAGAGUUACAUCUAGACAGAAGAUUAUGUAGAUUUCAGCAUUUCUAAUAUGUGAUGUGAUAAUUAUCUCAAUGACAGGGGAAAGUUACAACAUUACAAAGUGGUAAACUUUGUUAAAUCAAUGGAAAAUGUGUUUAAUACAUUGUUAGCAGCAUUUGUUUCAUUAAUGAUUUAUGUGAAUGAUGCAUUUGUAACAACAAGUAAUUAGCUGUACUAAACAGACUUAAGAUAAUUUCUAUAGUACUGUGGUCCCAUUUAUUUCUUGCAGUGUCAGUGCCAUUCUCAUCAAACAUUCACUGUAGACGUCAUUUAGUAUGACUGUAACUGAACUGUAUCAGCCAAAUAUACAGACAACUUCAUUAUCAUGCGUAUUGUGUAUGUAACAGUGUAUAUUUCGGACCAAACGUGCAGUUUUGCAUGUCAAAACACAUUCAGGUUCACAUUUACUUGACAUUAGUAUAUUGAUAACACAAUCAAACUGGGUGCGUGUUUUCUGCUUUGGACCCCGACACAAUGUGAAAUAAUUUUCUUUCUUUUGAGGCAGCUUCUGACACAUAUUCUUCAUAUAAGUGAGACAUAUUAGAGUAUUAUCCUGUGUAUUUUCACUGUUUGUAAACCAAGAGACAGUAUUUUAGCUAUGAUAUGCAAGCCCUUUUUCAAUAAAGUCAUAUGAAAUAGA